AUGACUUCCCACAUCCGCACCGCGCUUGCUGUUCUUAUCUGGGCAUUAGCAGUCCAAGGCCACUUUAUGGUUACUGACGUGGUUUCUAACCAGGUCAAUUACGUAGGCUACAACCUUUCGGACUGGUCUGAAAACUACACCCCAAUUACGCCGCAAUGGCAGCCUCACCGACCAUUCCCAUAUCAGCACCAAGUCAUCUUCCCAAUGGACUACACCUACACCGCCGCAGAAACCGCCACGCAGACCCAAAACCCCGACAUCAUCUGCGGCGUAAACAGCACGAAUGGGAAAAUGUACAUUCCAGCGCAAGCCGGGAAACCAUUGACAUUCCGCUGGACGCAAGUCGGCCACCAAGGUCCCGUGCUAACGUAUCUGGCGAACUGCCACGGCGCGUGCACAACCGUGGACAAGACAACGCUGAGGUUCUUCAAGAUCGAUCAUGCAGGCUACAAUCCACCGACGAAUAAAAGCUAUUUCGACAUGGAGUCAUGGGGUGCAGGCAUUGUCCACCAGUGGGAUGAUUCCUGGACAACUGUUAUCCCCGAGGACAUUGCGCCGGGAAAUUAUGUUGUGAGGCAUGAGAUUAUCGGGCUGCAGAAUCAGACUCCGCAGUUCUAUCCAUCGUGCAUCAAUCUUAGGGUUGUAGGACGGGGGACGGCAGAGCCGGCAGGUGUGCUCGGAACAGAGUUGUACCAGAGCAAGGAUGUGAUGGUUAUUUCUCAGCUCUUGAAAGCGACGCCGUUUGUGUAUGAUAUUCCUGGUCCAACGAUUUACGGCGGUGCAGCGACAGCAACCCAGACUUUUGUGACGGCUACGGCCACCUCAACUGGAAUAGCGUAG